UGGAUGUCGGAUAUCGAGUGGCAAAUUCGAAUCCACAUAGAUAUCCUGAUUGACGCUAUUUGACUCAUUGAAUAAAAAACUUGGAAUGUGUUUGGAUGACAGUAAUUCUGAAGAAUGGCGUCGUGUCUGUUCACGUAAAAAACAGCGUCAACGCAAAACUGCAGAAUGUCUUUCUGUCCAGAGACCUUUUUCCACUUUAAAUUAUAUGGAUGAUGACAGCUUGGAAACGGUUUUACGUAGAUUUGAUGGUAUGCGAUCUAGUUUACUACUUUCGAAACCAGAUAGAUCUUUCCUCGAAGGUUUAUUAAAGUCUAUUAAUCAGGCAUUUUCAAUUAUAUCAACUACACAAAUUGAGCCAAAUAAGAUUGAUGUGAUUUGUUUAGGAUUGGGUAACCCAGCUGUCCAUCAUGCCAGUUUACGCCAGCUAGUUGUACUAGAUCUGUUGUUGCAAUUUCAUCCACGUAUGGAGCGGUCGCGUACUCACCUGUACGAUCCCGUUUUCAAGUCUGUGGCUCGUGCUUUGAUACGAAAGCUGGGGAUGCAUGUUCUACCUAAUAAUAGAGAAGGUUGUUACAAACUAUCACCUGACCAAUUUUAUUUCGUUAUGCUACCACACUGCUCUCCAGCACUUCUCAACAAUUUACUAUGUACUAAUUGGUCGCCUGAUAUACUUUCACAUGUAGUUCUGUUCUCUAAUGGAUGGAAAGAAGUUUGUCAAGAAUUGAUUGAUUCAGGGGCUUCAGAUAGUUUAGGGAUCGCAAAGGAAUUGGCUUAUAUCUCUGCUCUGGAAUCCGUGGUUCGAAUUCCUGACAAAGAAUAUUACUUACAUUGGUCUUCAGGUAAUAAACUUAUGGAAUACAGAGAUUUCGAGGGUAUGCGUGUGCAGUGUUUUCCUCCUCUUGAAAUGGAUAGUUUGCCCAAGAAUGUAUGGAGUAUGCCUCCGUAUUCUGAAAAAACAAAUAUAGAAACGUCUUGUUCUAGUACAUUAUCCCAAAGUAGUAACUGUUAUUCUGAUGUAAUUGGUGCCAAUGUUGUGCCAAAUUUUAUCGAUUCAAGCGCCGAUGACUAGAAAUAAUUUAUGCAAAAACAUUUUAAUGAUUUAGUCUUUUACUUUUACCCUAAUGAUCUUCAGAAUCAUGAUGUGAAUCCAUUUUGAUUUACUGUUUAUAUUGUGAUCUUAUAAUUCAUUCUCACAAAAUUUGUAGUUACUGUACAUAUUUCAGUUUUAUGUUUAUAAAAAAAUAUUCUCAUUCUGGAGUAAACACAAACCUCUAUUUUUUCGGUUG